CUCCAACUUUUACGCCCGAGCUACCGUAGUUUGCAAUAUUACUUCCGGUUAGCGUGACAUAACCUAGUCGGUUGACGCUGACCGAGGUUUUUGGGCUGUUUUAUGAAAUACAAGAGAAAUCGACGCUCAUUUUUAGCUCUUUUGUGGGCAGCGACAGGAUGUCGGGCAAACCUUUCGGAGCACUGGCCAAGAAGCUGAUGAAGGGCGUCAUCGCGCUGGAACUGCUGGGCAUUUUCGGAGCUUACGCGCUCUUCCGCGCCAUGGAUGAUAGCCAAGAUUUCAGGAGCACAAUGAAGAGAAGAUUUCCGUCCAUCUUGGAAGUUUACUACAAGUCCAACGAAAUGGCGGGCGUGUACGGCGCUCGGCAGAGAGACCGAGAAGCGUGGUCGGACGGGCGCUGAGCCGAGCUACUUCCUCUUGCCGCGUGCCAGGCGCCUCUUCUUGUUGAAGGCCGCCUUCUUUCGCCGCAUGGACUUGGCGUCGCGGUCGUGGAUCCAGUCGUCGCGUUGGCGCUCCCACUUCAGUUGCUUCAAGCCUGAAAGCCGGCACAACAAAAUUGGACUUUAGGACCGAGACCUUCUGACUACUAAAUGGUGGCCGGAUUUGCUUGUCGGAUUACAAUUUUCCAAUUUUGACUUGCUGGACAUUUCUUUUCAUCUACUUAUGUAUUUUGUUGCGCUUCCACCGGGAUGAAUUGGACGUCGAACGAGUUCAAUGUAAAUUUCCCUUUUUGAGUCGUAGUAAAAGUAUCAUUGAGGCGGCGCCUUUCUGCCAAUGACAUUUCCUAAACGCCGUCAUUACCCGCUUUGUCGGCGUUGGCCACGGCGUCCGCUCCGCUAUUGUCAAAUUUGGCGCCGGCGUUGUCGUCCAGCAGGCAUCCGAACUUUAAAACAAAAGGGUGUUUAGUUGUUGAAAAGCGGCCGGCCGGCUGGCCGGCGAAUCGCACGUCUCACCUCCUCGGCCGCCGCAAAAACGUCCCCGGCGCCUUUUUCUCUUUUCCGUCUCUUCUUUCCCGCCGGGGAGCCUGAAGGCGAGACCGGAUUGGUUUCGGCAAAUCACUUUCGCUAGACGUCCGAUCCGUUUGAAGCGGGAGGGUCGACGAAGAGCGAAUGCAUUUUCCCGCUUCAAAUGGACCGGGCGUCUAUAUUCAUUGAAAUUUGCGUCAGAAGGACGCCGCCGACUGACCCAAAGUCGGCGCGAAGCGGAGCUCUUCCUCCGUCGACUUUCUUUUGCCUUUCUUGGAAGCGGGCUUCACUUCCGGAACGUCGUCUUCAUCUGAGGAAGAUGACAAUUUCAACGACAGACGUCCGAUCCGAUCGAACCGAGAGGGCUGACGGCACUCAUUCGGGAAAUGAAAAAGCAACCAUUUGAAAAUUGACCAAAGCGAUCAUCUUCGUCCAGGUCUUCGACUUCUGCAACUGAGAUAACGGAUAGAGACGAUGUCAUUUUCCGUCUCCCGAGCGGCAAGCGAUCGUUUUGUACAUUCUUCGUCGUCAUCCACGAAAGCGCCUCCUUCCUCGUCCUCGUCCUCCCCAAAGUCUUGGGGAUCCACGCUGCCCAGCGACACCUCCUCGUCGUCCAGGUCGUCCGGGUCCGAGUCGGAGUCGUCCGUUCCUUUCUUUUUCCGCUUUUUGCCUGAAACGUUCCUGAAAAAGGUGCUCUUAGCAGUUAAAAAAAAAAUUUUUUUUUUUUAGUAAUUAUCACCACCUAAUGGUGCUCACCCGGCAAAGUCCAAGUCUCGGUCCGGGAAGUCGGCAAAGUACGAAUCCGCUUCGCACGUGUCUGCGCGUGGAAGACUUGUUAGCAAUUGUUCUUGACACAAAACGUUACAACAUUCAUCAGUCAUUUUUCCCCCAAACAAGUCUCAUUACACUUAAAAAAGGGAAACAAGCAAUACAUUUUUAAAACGGGAUUCACUAAAAACUGAUGGUUUUUCCUUUUUUAAAUGUUAAAAUGGAAUAUUGACAUUUUUGAGGUUCACAAUCAACUAUGAAAAUACACUGCUGGCCAAAAGUAUUGGCACCCCUGCAAUUCUAUCAGAUAAGGCUCAAUUUCUCCCAGAAAAUGAUUGCAGUUACAAAUGCUUCAGUGAUUUUGCUUGCAAUGAAAAAACACAAAAGAGAAUGGAAAAAAAAAUUGAAACCAUUAUCAGUUUACACAAAACAAAAGUAUUGUUCCCCUUUGAAAAAAGUCAUGUGACGCUUCUCUAAUUUGUCAUUAACAGCACGUGGUGGCGAUAAAUAAAUCCCACUUGCAGCCAGUUAAAAUGGAUUAAAGUUGACUCAAAACAAAAUUGUGAGGAAACGUGGACAAUUUCAAGGCUACAAGUCCAUCUCCAAAGACCUGAAUGUUCUUGCGUCUAGCGUUCCAUCAAUAAGUGUAAAGCCCACAGCACUGUGGAAAACCUCCCUAGAUGUGGACGGAAAAGAAAAAUUGAUUUCAGCGUAAGAUUGUGCGGCUGGUAGGUAAAGAACCUCGACUAACAUCCAAACAAGUUCAAGCUGUUCUGCGAUCCAAGGGUACGACAGUGUCAACCCGUACUAUCCUUCGGCGUUUGAAUGAAAACAGACUCUAUGGUAGGAAGAUCCCACUUUUGACCCAGAGACAUAUAUAAAAAAAAAAAAAAGCCAGGCUGGAGUUUGCCAAAACUUACCUGAGGAAGCCAAAAAUGUUCUCUGGUCAGAUGAGAGAAAAGUAGAGCUUUUUGGGAAAAGGCAUCAACAUAAAGUUGAAGGGGGGAAAAAAUGAAGCUGUCAAAGAAAAGAACACGGUCUCCACAGUCAAACAUGACGGAGGUUUCGGGGUUGCUUUGCUACCUUUGGUACUGGACUGCAUGACAGUGUGCAUGGCAUUAUGGAGACAAAUUUUGCAGCAUAAUGUAGAAAGCUGGGUCUCCCUCAGAGGUCAUGGGUCCGCCAGCAGGACAAUGAGCCAAAACACUGUAGAAAAUGCUUUGAGAGAAAGCACUGGAGACUUCUAUGGUGGCCCGAUCUGAAUCCCAUUCAACACCUGUGGAGAGAUCUUCAGACACCUGGAGCGGUUGGCCAAAGAAGAAUGGUGGAAAAUUCCAGUGGAGCAUUGUAAGCAUGGUUGUUGGCAGUUAUUUAGGUUGUGCUACCAAGUAUGAGGUGGAGGGUGCCAAUACUUUUGUCCAGCCCAUUUUUGGAGUUUUGUGUAAAAUGAUCUUUUUUUUCUUCAUUGCAAGCAAAAUAAAUGAAGAAGCAUUCGGAAUUGCAAUCAUUUUCUGGGAGAAAUGGAGCAUUAUCUGACAGGGGUGCCAAUACUUUUGGCCAGCACUGUAGAUAGCGAGGUACCGACCGAGAAUCUUCUCAAAUUCUUCGUCAUCCACGUCUUCCAAGCUCUCGUCGUCGUCGUCGACUUUAGGCCGCUGAAGACGUUUCUCAUGCUGACGCUUCUUGAAAAAGCUGCCGGCGGGCGUCGGUUAAAAUGGCCGGACAGCCGGCCGACGACGGCAAAAACGCAAACUCACCGGUAAAAGAAAAUUUCAUCGGCGGCGAUUUGAUGUUCUUCUUUGGCCAGAAACUCUUCGCUGUUGACUGGAAACACGGCAAAAAUGGACAAAACGCACUUUGGGGGUUAGGAGGAAAUAGCCGGCCAACGAUCUCACCUGCUAAAAAGACGCCCGGAGAUUUCCGUUUGGGUUUCAAAACCGAAGUGUCGGUGUUCUCUACAAAAUAUUAAAAAUCCAAAUACAAGGUCAGCUUUCUUUUCUCCGUUUUGGGCCAACCUGCGUGUCAGUUACGUUUGCCCUUGGCCUUUUUGGGGUUUCGGAAGACAAAUCUGUCCAAGAAGCGCAUGAGGGUGAAAUCCUGCAGGGGGUCUCCGGAGUACUGGAUGGGCUCUUCCUGUUGAAAUGACGCACAUUUUUCAUGGAAAAGAGGUCUUUGGAAAUGGAAAAAGUAAGAUGUGGCUCUCACCUGUAGGAGCGUUUUGGCAAAAAGCGACACCGACGGGUGGUAGUGCAGCGCCAACUGCGGAAAGAAACGAAGCGAGCGGUCACGUUUCGGUUCCACGGACGGCGACGGACGUCCAAAUUGAUUUGGAUCGAGGCGUGCGUGCGUGCGUUUGUUGCUUCUCCCCCUCCCUUCCCGGUCAAAAUGAAUUAGACAUAUGGCACCGCAGAUGGGUCAAAAAGCAGAAUGCCACUGUAGCAUUUCAAAUGCAUUCUUCCUAAAAUGGAGUGGUUCUGCUUAAUGAAGGGAAUCGUAUUUGUAUUACUGUAACGUACCCAAUACAAAAUAAAUAACAUUUAUAUCAGUUUGCGGAAUACAAGCCUUAUCAUCACGGAAGCCCGACGCGUGCGACAUGCAACCGACUGAGCAAGAUUGACGCUAACGAGGCAAUACAUCUACAAGCCCACGUCUGCACCACCGACUCCCUGGAUCAGUUCUCCCGGACAGUCCAGAUCAAAUGGAAUGGACACCGGAGAACGCCCGAUAUCCAACUACCCUUUGACACUGAGUUGGGCAAAAUCUCCCACUGCGUUUGCCCCAUAACGGUGACUCAGCAACUGUGACGCACGAACUAAACAGCCCAAACUGCGAUAGGAGAUAAUGCACGAUAAUACAUUUUUCAACCGAUAUCGACAACCGAUAAUUACCUGCCCCUUCCACCCGAUAACAGAUAACGUCACGCCGAUAAUUCUAUUCAAAUAAAAUAUUGAAAGUAUACAAAGAUAAAUGUUACUGUGCAAAAAUGUAAUUUAAUGCUAUUUUUUUCCACAUGAAAUAUGAACAAGUAGUAAAUUCCAACAACUAAACAAUGGCAAUGACAUUGUGUAAUAGUAAGCUUUUAGCAACAAUUACUUAAGGAGUAAACACCCAAGUUACACAAAAAUGGAUUUAAAAGUAAGCCAUUCCUAACAUAUAUCACAUUACCACACUGCAAAAACACCUCCUUAAAACUAGCAGAAUCGGACAAAACAGCUGAUUGCGCACAUUUGGAGGCUAAAUCAAGUAUGUAAUUAUCGGAUUGCAUUAUCGGUUGAAUUUUGUUUUAUUUGGAUUAUCUGUGUGACGUCAUAAUUGCCAUUAUCGGCCGAUAAUUAUCGGUGACCGAUAUUAUCGUGCAUCUCUAGAGAUAAUCCUAAACAACGGCCGAAUACACCCUUCUUCCUGCCCACGGCCCGCCACGCGAGAGCCUUCAAAAAGACAAUGUUUAACUAAUCGUUGUCAUUUUUUUCUCGGGAACCUUUUGUUGACCUGUGAUAUGGUGACCCGGAGUCUGCCUCCUCGCCUGGGUCUGUCGCCGUUUGCCUUGCUGUUCGAUCGCCGUCGACCUGAAUAAAUUGUCAACUUGUAUUUUGAAGCCUUCUUCCGGCUUUCAGGGGAAAAUCAGUACAAGGGGUUAUGACUAAGGUGAACGUGCGGAGUUUGGCCUUUUGGCCGGGUCGCGGGAGUGUCGCCCGCCCGUGUCAUUGGAGCUGCGCUGCGCCAGCGUGGGUCCGUUGGUUUGGCUGGCGUUAUUCCUUCAUUACAAACUUUUAAAGACAACCAAAAUGGAAUUGUUGAUGCAUAAAACGACUCAAACAAAUAGUCUGUUUCAAAAAUCUAAAGAUAGACUAAUCAAUGGAAACUCAAAGCAAGUCUCGGGGUCUCUGCACAUUUCUGACAAGCAAAUAUAAUGCUUUUUAAGACCACCAAGUAUUAAAAAAAAACACACACACACACACACACACACACACCAUUGUUCCCAGUUUGAUGUCUUUUCCACAUCGUUUGCAUCGCGCUUCAUAUUCCGACGUUUUUAACAACCGGUUGUAUUUCGGUUCCUCGAGCCACUUAUCGCUAAACUUGCACUUCCCCAUCUGGGAUCGUGUUCAAGUAUGCAUAGACGGUAAAAGAAAUGCACGUGUGCCUGUUCCAACCACUUCAUCUGUCCGCUGGUUCUACUACGUGCAGGUAUGAAAAUGGGUAAGGGGUUAAAAAGGUGAGAAGGGUGUGGAGGAAAUAUGUUCCAGCAUUCUGCCAAGAUGUUGGCGAAACAUGGAAUUUGACAAUUUGAAUUUUUCCACAUAAGGCUUAAUAUUCGAGUUAGCAGGGGUUUAAUUAGCUGAAGGAGUUGAUUUUCAACCACCAUUGACUCGCGCUAGCUUAGCCACUCCGGAGCCCUGAAACUAACAAAUAACUGGCAAACUGCACAGAAUUUGUUGAAAUCAACUCCAACAACUAAUUAAACCCCAGCUAACUUAAAGAUUAAGCUUGAUGUCAAAAAUUCUGAACUUCCCCUUAAAAAAAAAAAAAAGACCAAUAAAUAUAGCCAUUAAAACGUUGUCUAUAAAAGUUUUAAAGCAAUAAAACAAACAACAAAAAUGAACAAGAAUCCUUCAAAGUAUUUCAUAACAGGUACAAAUUAUUUUUCGAACAGAUCAUGUGACUAUAGCACCUUCGAGACGGUCGUUUGCGUUGCUUAGCCAAAACUACAGCUGAGGAGGCAAGAUGGAUAGUUAGAAUUUCUUUAAACCUAAGCUUUUGAAACCUUCAACAACAACUGAGAUUGAACCGAGAAUCAAGCUGGAGCAGUAUAAAAAAAUUCUGGCUGUCUUGUUACCUGUUGUGCCGUAAUUCCGAAUGGUGCUUGAAUGGGAUGCUUUUAGCGGUCGACAGUCUUUUUGAGCCACGCAUCAUCUUUACUGGACAAAAAUGUGAAGUCAUGGCUGUAUUUCCAGUGAGCAAAUGCAGCCGUUUGUAGUAUAUGUCCCGCCUCUUUCAUUGCAUCCUGGCGAGGUAGCAAGGCUAUGUUGUUUUGGCGGCAAACUCCCAGCGCUCACGUCUCACGCAGCAUGGUAAUACACGUGACCCGUUUUCUUUCCAUCUCCGAUUAGAAAAUGUGACAUGCGAUGUCACUCCCAUGACUACAGUAUUCUUCAUUCUACAUACAUUAUGAGCCAAUAACAAAAUAGUAACGCACAGGCACCAAGGAAAGUAACUUUAAUCAGAUUACUGAUUUAGAAAAGUGAACGCGUUAAUUGCUCUUUACUGAAAGAAAGUAAUCAGAUUACAGUUACGCAUUACUCACAACACAGCUUUUACUGUAUAUUACCGUUAAAUACGCAAGCUUGACGCUAACUUAACGGGAGCUAUUUUUUCACCGGCGAUUUGGCUAGCUCUGGCAGUGUUCAACGCAAGCUGCAACGAACGGCAGUAACUUUGUUAUACCGCAAAAUAUGAAAACGAUUGAAGCCAUUACUCACCAAAUUCAAUAUGCUGGCAAAUGCAUUCAUCUAAAAAAACAUUGGGAGUGAGACCUCUCCUCGUCCAGCAAUGGUGAAUUUGUUCUUAGGGCAAGAUCAUUUGUCGCAAUUAGCAAUCUUUGACGCUUCCAAGCCCCCCCAUGCAUUCAAACUUGUAAUUGGCUCUGUAAUUAACCUCAACAAAGUUGCUCUCCUAGCUAAGCCAAGGCUAACAUUUGUCUUUGUAAGUUUUUAGUUUAAAUAUUGAAUUUGAAAGGAAAAUGUGUGUUUUGUUUUUGGCAAACUUUUUCACGAAGCUAACCUGUUGAAGCUACUCACACGUGGAAAAAUACUAUUGUACGUUUUAAAUGCAUUCAUUUUGUAUAUUUCACUUACCACCAUUUGAGAGCUCAAUAAA